ACUGGCGAAUUUCACCGUACCUACUGCUACACGCCUAAUUAAGGGAAGUCUUCCAUGUAGAGAGGUUUCAUAUCUGGUUACUAUAAAUUCAACUCUCCGACGGCAAAAUAUAUCAUUCAAUAAUACUUUCCCUCUUUCUCAAUCUUUUUGCCUCACAACAAACUUGAAAACAGCUUGGGUGUGAUCUCAUCUUAGAAAAAAAAAAUGGCUAAGGAUCUGAUGCAUGCUGUUCAAUAUAGUAAAUACGGAGGAGGAGCUGCUGCUUUGAAGCACGUUGAAGUUCCAAUUCCCACUCCAAAAAAAGAUGAAGUUCUGCUAAAACUGGAGGCAGCUAGUAUAAAUCCAAUUGACUGGAAAAUUCAGAAUGGGAUGUUGCGGCCAUUUUUACCAAGCAAAUUCCCCUUCAUACCUGGUGGCGAUGUAGCAGGAGAAGUCGUAAAGGUUGGACCAGGAGUCACGAAUUACAAAGCUGGGGAUAAAGUUGUGGCUGUACUUGCUAGUGGAGGUGGACUAGCUGAAUUUGUUGUGGCUAAGGAGAGUUUGACAGUUGCAAGGCCUCCAGAGGUAUCAGCUGCUGAAGGUGCAAGUUUGCCUGUUGCUGGCCUUGCAGCUCACCAGGCACUCACCCAGUGUGCUGGGGUCAAGCUUGAUGGAAGCGGCCAGCAAGUAAACAUCCUGAUUACUGCCGCUUCUGGUGGCGUAGGUCAAUAUGCAGUUCAACUGGCAAAGCUUGGAAACACACAUAUUACAGCCACUUGUGGGGCUCGUAACAUGGAUUUAGUCAAGAGCCUGGGGGCUGAUGAGGUUCUGGACUACUGGACUCCUGACGGGGUGGCUCUGAAGAGCCCUUCUGGUCGCAAAUACGAUGUAGUGAUCCACUGUACAACAGGCAUUCCUUGGUCUACCUUUGAUUCUAAUUUGAGUGCAAAUGGGAAGGUAGUAGAUACGACUCCUGGUCUCGGUUCUUUGAUGAGUGUAGCUCUGAAAAAGCUUACAUUCUCCAAGAAACAGCUGGUACCACUAUUUAUGAUACCUAAGAAAGAGAACCUUGAGUAUCUUGUUAAGUUGGUGAAAGAAGGAAAGCUUAAGCCAAUAAUUGAUUCAAAGCAUCCUCUAAGCAAGGCUGAAGACGCUUGGGCCAAGAGCAUUGAUGGCCAUGCCACUGGGAAGAUUGUUGUGGAGCCUUAGUUUAUGAAGAUUACUUGAUACUUACAGUAGUUUUAUACAAUUCAGUGAGUGGGGUUGCUUAUGAGCAUGUUUAUAUUCAUAAGUACUCAGUAUUUUGAACAAUGCAAACGAUGGAUGUGAGUUUGUCUUGUCUUUUGCUGUUAAUUUAAAGAAUGAUGUGUGGAGGUCAUGUUGCUGAGUGCUGUUUAUUAUUAUCGAAUUUAAAAUAA